AAAAUUCUUUCUUUCAUCUUCUGCACUCUUUCAAUUCAUCCAUCAAUCAAUCAUUGAAUCAUUUACCUUUUCAAACCCUUACUUUCUCUCUUACUUUCCCUCCGUUUCCGGUGGUUUCCCGAGAAAAUAAAAAAUCUGAACUCUAAAUUAUUACGCAAUGUCAACGCAAAAACCGCAGAGAUCACCGGAAGAAAUCGAGGAUAUAAUCCUCCGCAAAAUCUUCCUCGUCCGAUUGACCGACGCCGCUGACUCCAACGCCGAUUCGCGAAUCGUGUACCUCGAAUUGACUGCCGCCGAAAUCCUCAGCGAAGGUAAAGACCUAAAGCUUACUCGUGAUUUGAUGGAGAGGAUUCUUAUCGACCGGCUUUCCGGUAGCUUCCCCGGUGCCGAGCCGGCGUUUACUUAUUUGAUCAACUCGUAUCGUCGCGCUCAUGAGGAAGGUAAAAAGAUAGCGAAUAUGAAGGAUAAGAAUGUACGGAGUGAAUUGGAAUCGGUGAUUAGGCAAUCGAAGAAGCUUUUAGUUUCUUAUUGUAGAAUUCAUUUAGCGAAUCCAGAUUGUUUCGGUGGCAGUGAAGAGAAGAAGAGUAAUAAAUUCGAUGCUUCAAAUGUUUCGCCGUUGUUGCCGUUGAUAUUUUCGGAGGUCGGAGGAGGAAUAGAAGGGUUUGGAGUAAGCAGUAGUGGUGGUAGUGGGGCUCAGUGUCCGCCGGGAUUUUUGAAGGAAUUUUUUGAGGAAGCUGAUUGGGAUAGUUUGGACCCGAUUUUGAAAGGGUUGUAUGAGAAUUUGAGGGGAAGUGUGUUGAAUGUUUCGGCAUUGGGGAAUUUUCAGCAGCCAUUAAGGGCAUUGUUGUAUUUGAUUAGUUUUCCGGUUGGAGCUAAGAGUUUGGUGAAUCAUCCGUGGUGGAUUCCCAAGAGUUCUUAUACGAAUGGGAGAGUUAUCGAGAUGACGAGUAUUUUGGGUCCCUUUUUUCAUGUCAGCGCGUUGCCUGAUCCUACUUUUUUCAAGAGCCAACCUGAUGUUGGCCAGCAGUGUUUCUCUGAUGCGUCAACUCGUCGACCAGCUGAUUUGUUAUCGUCUUUCACCACAAUAAAGACGGUAAUGAAAGGUUUAUAUAAGGAUCUUGGAGAUGUUGUUCUCGCUCUCCUGAAAAAUACAGAGACACGGGAGCAUGUUCUUCAAUAUCUUGGAGAGGUUAUAAAUAAAAAUUCUUCCAGGGCCCAUAUUCAGGUUGAACCUAUGUAUUGUGCAAGUUCUGGCAUGUUUGUCAACCUUAGUGCUGUCAUGCUUCAGCUGAGUGAUCCAUUUUUAGAUGCAAAUUUAACUAAAAGGGAUAAAAUUGAUCCCAAAUAUGUUUUCUACAGUAGUCGUUUGGAUCUGAAAGAGUUGACUGCUCUUCAUGCAUCAUCAGAGGAAGUUGCUCAAUGGAUUAAUAAAGAUAGUCCUGGGAAAAUAGAUGUCUCUGGACAAUAUAGUGAUGGUGAGAAUCGAUUGCUACGAUCUCAAGAAGCCGCCAGUUCCAGCAGCUUUGCGUCUGAACCUUCUCUUCAGAAUGUGAAGCCAACAUCAAGUGUUGGUGCAGGAAAAUCUAAAUACCCAUUUAUCUGUGAAUGUUUCUUUAUGACUGCAAGGGUGCUCAACUUGGGCCUGCUAAAAGCAUUUUCUGACUUUAAGCAUCUAGUUCAGGACAUUUCAAGAGCUGAAGAUACACUUGCCACUUUAAAAGCCAUGCAAGGGCAGACACCUACUCCACAAUUGGAGCUGGAUAUAAAACGAAUUGAGAAAGAAAUUGAAUUGUACUCACAGGAGAAGCUUUGUUACGAGGCUCAGAUUUUAAGGGAUCCGGAUCUUAUUCAGCAUGCGCUCUCUUUCUAUCGAUUAAUGGUGGUUUGGUUGGUUGACCUGGUUGGUGGGUUUAAAAUGCCUUUGCCAUCAACUUGCCCAAUGGAAUUUGCUUGUAUGCCUGAGCAUUUUGUGGAAGAUGCAAUGGAAUUGCUUAUUUUUGCCUCACGGAUUCCAAAAGUGUUGGAUGGGGUCUUGCUGGAUGAUUUUAUGAACUUCAUUAUUAUGUUCAUGGGAAGUCCAAAUUUUAUUAGGAACCCUUAUCUCAGAGCUAAGAUGGUUGAAGUUCUGAAUUGCUGGAUGCCGCGUAGAAGUGGCUCAUCAUCUGCCACAGCUACUCUAUUUGAAGGGCAUCAAAUGUCUCUUGAGUACCUUGUGAGGAAUCUGUUGAAGCUAUAUGUUGACAUCGAGUUCACGGGUUCUCACACACAGUUCUAUGAUAAGUUCAACAUCCGCCACAAUAUAGCUGAACUCCUUGAGUACCUAUGGCAAGUCCCUAGUCACCGUAAUGCUUGGAUGCAGAUUGCAAAGGAAGAGGAAAAGGGUGUUUAUCUGAAUUUCUUGAACUUCCUCAUCAACGAUAGCAUUUAUCUUCUUGAUGAAAGUCUUAACAAAAUUUUGGAAAUCAAAGAGAUUGAAGCUGAGAUGUCAAACACAACAGAAUGGGAGCGAAGACCAGCUCAAGAGAGGCAGGAGAGAACCCGACAAUUCCAUUCACAAGAAAAUAUUAUACGAAUUGAUAUGAAAUUAGCCAAUGAGGAUGUGAGCAUGUUGGCAUUCACUUCGGAGCAGAUUGUAGCUCCUUUCCUACUUCCUGAGAUGAUUGAAAGAGUGGCCAGUAUGCUCAAUUAUUUUUUGUUACAACUUGUGGGCCCCCAGAGAAAAUCUCUUACUCUUAAAGACCCUGAAAAGUAUGAAUUCCGUCCAAAGCAGUUGCUGAAGCAGAUUGUCCACAUUUAUGUUCAUCUGGCUAGGGGUGAUGAGCAAAACAUUUUUCCAGCUGCUAUCUCCAGUGAUGGUCGAUCAUACAAUGAGCAGUUGUUUGGUGCUGCAGCUGAUGUGCUUCGGAGAAUUGGUGAAGAUGGGAGGGUUAUUCGGGAGUUUGUUGAGCUUGGUGCAAAAGCUAAAGCUGCUGCUUCCGAGGCUAUGGAUGCAGAAGCUACCCUUGGAGAGAUACCUGAUGAAUUCUUAGAUCCAAUUCAAUACACUUUGAUGAAGGAUCCAGUGAUCUUACCUUCUUCGAGGAUCACAGUGGACAGGCCAGUUAUUCAAAGGCAUCUUCUUAGCGAUAGUACGGAUCCAUUCAAUCGCUCCCAUCUUACGGCAGACAUGUUGAUAACAGACGAAGAAUUGAAGGCAAGAAUUGAGGAGUUUGUGAGAUCCCAAGAAUUAAAACGGCAUGGAGAACGCUUAAACAUUCAGAGCAUAAAGGACUCAAUACAGACAACAAAUGGUGAGAUGUUGAUUGAUUAGAACAAAAUAGUUUGGAUUUUGUAAUGGUGAAUUGGAUUCACAAAAGCAGAAAAGAUUCAAGGGGAUCAUGUUAAAGUUGCAUUAUUUAUAUAUAUAUAUAUAUAUUUAUUCAUCUAUUUUCAGGGAAAUGUUUCAAAGACUUGUAACCUCCCGAUCCUGUAAAGUUAUACAACAUUAUUUGCAAUGUUAAAAUAUGUAUAGAUUUCCCUUAUUUAAUUAUACCGAGUCUUUUGUGUCUA